AUGGUCCUUCCACCUCCCUGGCUUUUGCCAGGAAGCGCGAAGCGUUCUGAUCUUUCUGAUCAAAAGCGUCCACGGCGUCUGGGCAAUCUUGUCGAAGUGGCGUCUCAAACUCCCACGAGUUUUCGGAGUCUGGAUAUCCCCGCCACUUCACCAGAUAUUAGGUUUGACCCUGGUGACGACGUCGUCCAACAAGACGAUCUACGUGUAGUGGACGUCACCGUUCUCAUCGAGAAGAGUCGGUGGCGGGUGGUGACACGUGAUGCUUUUCGAGCCCUUGAGAAUGAGAUCCUUCGUGAUCGGAGCUCCGCUGAGCGUCAUGCUGAAGUAGCAUAUCGCUGUGCAGACGCUCUUAACGAUUUGAAGCACGUCGUGCGCCGGCUGCCUCACCUUGAGGACUACCGCGCUCUGUCGGAGCGACUCCUAGCCGUGAAGCAGGCGAAUGUGUCGCUGCAUGCGACGGUGGAGCGCUUGGCGCCAUUGGAAAUGAACGUUGUUGCACUCUGUGCUCAGAACCAGCCGCUGGAUCAGCUUUUGGUUGAUGGCCCGUGGGAUCCGCUCCGGUGCCAACGCUUCCGCGUUCAACUGCGCCGAAUCCCGGUACGGCUUGAGCAAGCCCACGUAAAACAUCGGUCGAGUGAGCAUCCGUUUUGGAAGGUUCAGCGUAUACGCUAG